AUGAACUGGAGGCGGGGCGUGUGCCUGAGUGACGCAGGCGCAGUGAGACCCCGGAGGCGCGGGCUGCCCCCUCCGCGGGUUUGGAUCCGGGUCAGUCAGGCGCAGCGAUCGGGGAGAGACGAUCUGAACCGACGGGAGUGGAUCCCCGGAGUGCCCCAGCUGCGAGGAGGUGAGUACCUGGAGGUGAUCGGGAGGGGCCGCGGCACCCCGUUUCGCCCUGGCCGCCCGGCCUGGCCGCUGGCGGCUUCCUCUGGGCCCGCCCGCCUCUCGUCGCGUCGUCCCCCGGCGCUGACUGCCUGGGCCCGGCCGGGCCUGGGCCUCUCCGCGCCCCCUUGGCCGCCGCGGCCUGGCCCGGCUCGAGCUCCGCUGUCUCUCCCCUUCCCGCGCCCCCGUGGACCCCGCAGCGUCCCGCCCCUCCGCUCGCUCCCGUCCGGCAGUAGCUUCCCCUUUUCGCCUUCCUUGGCCGCCCUUUGCCCCUUCCCGCCCUUUCUUGCUUGUUUCCGAGACCCAGCCUCGUUGGCUGCCUCUUCGGCUCAGCUCCCGCCUCCUCCUGCAUCCCUUGCGCCUCGGCGCCACUCCAGCCUCCCAUCCUGGCUCGGGGAGUAUCCAGCAGGGGCACCUUUCCAGCUGGAGAUCCCGGGCGGACAUAGCUUGGGCCUUCGCUCCCCACUUCCCGAGCCUCCCCUCCACCCCAGUUCUGACCUUUCCCCAGAUCGCGUUUAA